AGCUCCUCUGUGCCACUGCUCAUCUUAUAUUCUGCAUGUCAGUUAAUGCAGAGCAACAGGAGGCAUUGGUUGUAAGUGCUACCUGUCAGCUCACUCUGAUUGUACUGAUUGCCUCUCCCACAGUCUUUUCACCUUUCUUGUAAGCCCUUAGAAAAUGGAAUGCUAAUACCUUGGCUUUUGUGCUGUUUAGUUUGAAAAUUAUGAAGGGUUUUCUUUACAUGCACUGUGAUUUGGAUUUAGCUGAAAAUAGUUUGUGGACGUCUGUUGAUCUUUUGAUUAAAAAAAAAAAAAAAAACUCUGCCUCUUGCCUUGUUGGAGUGGUAUUGCUUACAUACAGCCAGUUGUGCACUGCCUGUGAGUGUGUGUCAGAGAAAUCCAAGAGCAGUGAGCUGUGAUACUAAAUGAUUCUUAUAGUUUUUCAUUCCAGACACCCUACUGUUCUCCCAUCUGUUCCCACAGAGCUAAUGUCACUACACCAGCACUCAGCAUACAGGCUUCAUGGCACCCCACUAGGCGCUCUCCUGAAGCCCUGAUGAGACACAAGCCUCCACUCCCUACGGAGGCUUAUACUGUGCCAGGAUGGAUGAGACGGAGAAGUACAAACAGCGACUGGAGGCCAUUGCUGAAAAGCGUCGGCUGCAGGAGGAGCAGGACAGAGCCAGGAGAGACUUGGAGGAUGAGAAGCUCAGACUACAGCAGCUCAAGAGGAAGUCUCUGAGAGACCAGUGGUUGAUGGAAGGAGCUCCUUUGUCCCCAACCUCUCCAGACGCCCAAAGCCCUCGCUCUCCUCUUUGGGGAUCCCAGGCCCAGGAGAUCGAAAAGCGCAUUGACAAGUACAGCCACAGUGUGUUGCAGUCAGAGAAUCAGCAGUUGACAGAGGAGGAGGAGAAGCUGAAGAAACAGAUGGAGGGUGGCCAAACAGAGGCAGUGAAAGUGGCAGAGGCCGGAGCAGAAAUGGCCCUAGAUGCUGUUGUGCAGAAUGGAGAAAAAAACACACUAGGAUUGGGAACAGCUGAAGAUGAAGUGAAGACUAGCCAAAGCGCACUACUGGAAGAAACCAUAGCUGUUCUAACCAAUGGCGGUGGAGACAUUGAAGUGGACACCGAUCACGACACUCAGCCCACCACCAAUGGAGCAGUUGUAGCCUCUGAAGAUGUUAUUAACAUGAAACUGGAGACUGGGUCGUGCCUGGGUGUUUCUGAGGCAGAGCCUGGUCAGGUUCCAUAUGUCAACAUUAAUAAGGAGGAGGAGGAGGAAGAGGAAGGGACUCUGGUGAUGAGAGCAGAACGAGUGAUUAUCACAGAUGAAGGGGAUGAUGUACCUGAGGAUCUUACACCCCAGGAAAAUGAGCAGGAGACAGCGCAGCUGGAGGAAACCCCUCUGCUGAUUCCAGAAGCAGGCCAAGAGGGAGUGGAGGUUCUGGAGGCUGUGGAGGGGGUAGUAAAAGCAGAAGCAGCUCCAGAAACCUUCACACAGCCAGAAGAAGAGAUUGAGGCUACUGAACCCACUGCAGAGGCGCAACCAGAAACUGGAGAUGAAGACAUGCAGGGUGGCGUCAAGAUAAACGGAGAUGGAGAAACAGAAGCUGAAGGACAGGAUAAAGAAUCUGAAGACCCAACCUCUUUGCAGGUGCAGUCCCCAGCCAGUGCUCUAGAGGGCACUACAGUGGCUUCAGUGCCAGUCUACUCUGAGGCACAACCCUCCAGUCUCAACCCUGAGCUAGAGGCUGAGGGUGAAACUGCAGCAGAGGGAGCUGAAGCAGCAUUAAAAGCCCAAGAGCCUGCCAUUCUGCCUGGCCAGUUCCAGGAGGUGCCCCUGGCCGAACCCCAGGAGAACCAGAGGACAGAGGCAAGGCUGGGGGAGCAGGAACCCCUUCUGUCGCAGGCCAAAGCCCCCGACACCCAAGCAGAACCAGCAGCAGCAGCAGCAGCAGCCAGCACAGAGACACACAGCUCAACCAGGGCUAACCAGGGAAAGGAGACUGAGGCACCCAAACACAAAACCUGCCAGUGCUGCUCUGUCAUGUAAUUGCCCUCUCUGUACAUUCCUUUCCUCUCUCCCUCUUCAGUCUGUCUCUCUGCUUUUCAAUUCAUAACACACUCCUUCCCUCGUCUCUUUGUUUUAUGCACCCAUCGUUUUUCAGAUCAGUCCUCAAGCUACUUCCCUUUCCUCCCUGACUCUCUGCUCUCAUUCCUUGUAUUCAUCUUGAAACUUCCUCAUUCCACUCUUGAGUUUUAAUACUCUGAGAGGAAGUGAGCUCUCUCCAACAUGAAGACGGGGGGAGGUAUGGACUGAACUUGACAGUGUUUAAGUGCCUUGAAGAGCUCUCUAUGCAGAACUAAACUUUUAAAUUCUCUUCUCAUACAAUGUGGACCAAAACAGGAGGUGUGUGUGUGUGUUUUUUUUUAACUGUUUGAAUUUGAUUUAAUUUUCCUGGUUAGCAGAUGAGCCAGCCAAUCUGCAUAAGAUAAUAAACCCACCAAUUAGAGUUAGUUAAGCAACAAAACAGACUGAAGAUGUAUUAUUGUAAAGUGUUGUAUCUACAUGUAUAAUUCAUUGGGUAAUUUUCUUAAUCUACAUAUAACAUCCAACGUCCAAAGAUCUAGAGAGGUUCAGAGAGGGCAUUCUUCUAAUUUAAAUACUUUAAAGCUGAUUUAUUUCAUUGAUUUUGGUCUUUUAUUAGAGAUUCUUUUAAUCUAUGUAUAGAACCUGAACAUUUUUAUUCACUGUAUAAUACAGGUUUUGACAGUACCGAGACUAAUAGUAUGAAACGGUCUAAUUUAUAAACAACAGCGUGUUCCGCUGAAUAUUUUGUGGGCCAUUGUCAGUUUAAAAGAGAAAUUAUUUUAAAAUACCUGAAAGUAUGAACUUUGUAUUUUUACCAGAUGUGCUUUUUGAAAGAGGGGCUCCAGAGCUCCUGACAUAGAUCUGUGCAUGGAUGUAUAAACUGAACACAGACAGAUGUUGAAUUGAGAGUGUCUGAGAUGUCAGCUUUGAAAUGAUUGAUGAAUGGUUAAAUGAUUAAACUGACAUUUGUGAUACAUUGA